CACACACACUCUGGCACGCACACUCUCCUGCAUACACACUGAGCUGCCUGCAAGAGAGGUAACAUCAAGUGGAGAUGGCAGCCGGGGGAAACCUAAAACUACUUCGCCUGGGCAAACGAGGAUGGGAAGAGGGCAAUUACCCUGACGUGCAGGUUGGAGUCAUGAAGGGGACCCGGGACGCCGCUCACGCCGCAGCCAGGGAGUUCCUGAAGUUUCUGAAUCGCGGCGUCUCCCCGUAUCACGUGGUCGACGAGUGCAAAAACCGACUUUUACAGGCGGGAUUUUUGGAACUGAAGGAGGUCGAUCACUGGGACAUCAAACCCAACCACAAGUAUUUUGUGACCCGGAAUUAUUCAACGCUGGUGGCGUUUGCAGUAGGCGGUCAUUAUCAGCAGGGGAAUGGAUUCACCAUUAUUGGAGCCCAUACUGACAGCCCGUGUCUGAGGGUGAAGCGGCGAUCUCGGCGCGGUCAGGCCGGAUACGCGCAGGUUGGAGUUGAGUGCUACGGAGGUGGGAUCUGGAAUACCUGGUUUGAUAGAGAUCUGACCGUGGCUGGGAGAGUCAUCGUCAAGGACGGUCAUCGCCUCCAGCACCGCCUCGUUUACGUGGACCGUCCGAUUCUGCGCAUCCCCCACCUUGCGAUUCAUUUGCAGAGGACUGUCAAUGAAAGCUUCGGUCCCAAUACGGAGCAGCAUCUGCUUCCUAUCCUGGCUUCUUCCAUACAGGAAGGUUUGGAAAAGGAAACCAUGGAUUCCGGGACCUCUUGUCAUUCUGCUGCCGGCUCUUCCACUCCAGCGGAGAAACAUCACCCGCUGCUGAUCUCCUUGCUCUGUGAAAAGCUUGGUGUGAAACCUGAACAAAUCCUGGAGAUGGAGCUGUGUCUGACGGACACCCAGCCUGCGGCUUUGGGAGGUGCUUACGAGGAGUUUAUCUUCGGCCCGCGUCUGGAUAACCUGCACAGCUGUUACUGCGCUCUUCAGGCACUUCUUGCUUCGUGUGACUCACCGACUUCGCUCGCCAAUGACUCCAACGUCAGGAUGAUCACCUUGUAUGACAACGAAGAGGUGGGUUCGGAGAGCUCCCACGGCGCAGAGUCUCUUCUGACCGAGUUGAUCCUGCGCCGGAUUUCCAGCACACCCCAGAACCUCACUGCCUUCGAGGAGUCUGUGCCCAAGUCUUUUAUGAUCAGCGCUGAUAUGGCCCAUGCUGUGCAUCCCAACUAUAUGGAUAAACACGAGGAGAAUCACCGACCGCUCUUCCACAAGGGUCCUGUUAUUAAAGUGAACAGUAACCAGCGCUACGCCUCCACGGCUGUGACCGAGGCUCUCCUGCGUGAGAUUGCCGGCCGCGUCGGGGUCCCCUUACAGGAAUUUAUGGUGCGGAAUGACGUUCCUUGCGGUACGACCAUCGGGCCGAUUCUUUCGAGCAAGCUGGGUCUGCGGGUGCUGGAUUUGGGUUCUCCGCAGCUGGCCAUGCACUCGGUGCGGGAGAUGUGCUGCACCUCCGGCGUCCUGCAGACGUCCACCCUGUUCCAGGCCUUCUUUGAACAGUACCCCUCCGUGAAUAGCAGUUUGGUGGUGGAUUAACCCCUUCCUGGAUCCCCCUUUUGAUGACAGCACUUGUGCCCCCCCCUGUUAACCACGUGAUGAGUAUCGUAUUGGUGGAUGAAGACAUGCCAUAUCUAUGAAAUAAAAUCCAGUUUCCCUAGUUUUGCACCCGAAUAGUGGGCAUCCUAAAUACUUCAGUAAUAUAUUAUUCCACAAUUUCCUGAAUUUAUUUGGCGUAACCCCCCCCAUUUGUCUUGAUUUAGAAUGUUGACGUAGGGUUUAGAAUGUUGAGUGAAAUGUACACAGAUUGUGGUAGCGCACCCCCCCGGGGCUUUACUAUCCGCCGUAUCGAAGUGAUAGUUUUUAGGAUUUCAGCCUAUAUUUUUGUUUGUAAAUGUACUUUUACGUUCACAUUCCCACCCUUACUGGUCUCCUGAUCUCGACCCCGUGCAUUGCCUGUAACCACUUGAGUAUCUGUGAAGGGUUUGAUUCCGUAAGGGGCGGAUACGCCUCUGGCAUUUAAAUGGUUAAUUCCCCCAAAUCACAUCUGGGCGGAGAAGGGCAUUUCCAGCUCUCUGGCAGAUCGGGAGUUAAAGGAUAACACCCUGUCUGUUGUUUUUUUUUCUGCCCCUGGGCUGCCACCAUUACCCCCUGCUUGUUAAUGUGGAUGUAAUGGGGCAUGGUACGUAGAGUUAUACCCGCGGGGGCCCCGGGCCAGGACACCUGGCGCGGGCUCUCGGUCGCUGGAAGGCGGAUGUCCUCGUCUCCACAUCCAUCACGCCACAGAAACGCGCAGGAGCGGACCCUCCGAUGCUAAUUACAAUCAGAAAUAAAGAUAAUUGUUCUGUG